AUGGCCAGAUUCAAAGACUUGCCAGAAGAAAUCAUCCUUUCUAUCCUUGAAUAUACGUGGGAGGCCUGGAGGGAAGAGGUAGAGAACCAUGCUCAUCUUGAGUCUUAUAUGGGGAGUCCACAUCUUAGCUUUCAAAGCAACCUACUGCCCGUUAGCAAACAGUUCGAAAGGCUUAUGGUAUACUGGGUGGCCAAACAGGUUAGGCAUCCCAGAGUUGACGAUAAUGAAAAGGAGGAAUGGCUAGAGUCAAUGCUCCCUCGACCAGCGACGCAGUUUUUCCUCGAAAUGAUAGGUAAGGAAAUGAGUAUGACUCGUUUGGAAUGGGAAAGCCAAGAGAGUGUCCGCUGUCCGGAACUUGUAGGCUCCAUUAACCAAGUCACUGAGUAUCUCCUGUGCGAAACUCAACAGCAGAGCGACCAUGAGCGCACGGCCCUGAAAAGCAAGUAUCAAUAUACCCUGUGCGCACUGGCUGCAAUAAAGCUCUACAGUGGAAACCAAGACCCAUUCUUUGAAGACUUUUUUGAGGACUACGCUGAGGCGGACAGUAAGACUCCCGAAAGAGUGACCAUGGAUAUCUGCAGCGUUGCGGGGAUGGUAGCCAUAUUUGAGGAUGACGCUACCCUAUUGACUCGGGUAUUGAAUAGGGGACCAUUCUGUGUCAAUACUGCUCAUGAAUUUUUUGGCAACCCAAUCCUGGUGGCCGCGCAGAAAGGGAGCCUUGAGUGUAUGGAAAUUCUUCUUAAACAGCCUAGAAGGAGAUUUGUCACAGAUGGCGCAGGGCUAAAUGCGUUACACAUUGCUGCCAUAGCGGGAGAUGUGUCAAUGAUCAAACUAUUGCUUGAGAAUAUCGAUGGAACACUUUAUCAAGAAAGACAGAGAGGGCUACCGUUGACUCUUGCCGCAGAAAAGGGACAUGAAACUGCUGUAGAUGUCCUACUCCACGGCCUAGAUCCUCGGCCUAUCGCUGAAGAUGUCGAUGAGGCCAUUGCAGCCGCCGCGGGCGCUGGUCGUGAAGGGAUCGUAAGAUAUCUCUGGAACUAUAGUAGUUUGCCUGCUAAUGCUAGAACAGUGCGUGACAUCGCACGAUUGGAUUUGAAUGACGAGGAAGCCGUUAACUCUGCUGAUAGAGCAGCGGACAACGGGGAUGUUGAUGAGGUAGAUGCUAAUGAGGCGGAUGCAGAUGAUAAUGAGGCAGAUGAUAAUGAGGCAGGUGCUAAUGAGAUGGGUGCUGGUGAUAAUGAUGAUCUAGAUUUAUGGUUUUCAGAACCAGGAAAAGACGCUCCCAUAACAAGCUGUGGAGUCGAUGAUAUGUUUGGCAUGAGCUUAGAGAUGGACAUGCUACUCGCUGCUGCCAUAAAGGACCAUGAGAAUAUCGUCAGUCUUAUUAUUGACUCUGAUGUGAUACGGCCCCGGAUCCAGAGGGGAGUAGCUGCUGCGUGUUUCCAAGCUGCCUUGCAACAUGACUGCACAAAGGUCGCAAAGAUGCUGCUCAAUCGCUUUGAAGGCCUAGCCAAUGAGAAAUAUGGCAUGAGUGCUACAGAGCCCUUAGCUUUCGCGGCAGCGUGUACAGCCACAAAUGUCAUGAAACUCCUUCUCGAACGAGACGACAUUGAUGUCAAUAGUCGUGACACAAGCCGUGCUACUGCAAUCUGCUACGCAAUGAGACCCCCCAUGGAAACGGUCGAUAGAGUGACGGAUGAAUUUGAAGCGCUUAGGCUUCUGGUCGCCCAGGACGAAGUUGACGUCAACUGUGCAGACAGUUUCGGCGACAAUGCACUGAUGGGAGCAGCUAUAGCUGGAGAUCGGCGAAUGGUAGAUCUGUUGAUGAGCCGUGAGGAGCUAGAUAUCAAUGCCAGUAAUCGCUUUGGCGAAACUGCGCUCUCACGCGCUGUUGUGCUAGGAAACAUUGAUGUUAUCAAAAUUCUACUGGCUCGAAAUGACCUUAAGGCUGAUGAACGAAACAAGCUUGGCCUGACUCCGUUCCUGAUAACGGCAGUCACAGGCCGUGUUGAUAUCAUGGAGCAGUUCACGAGCCGCACCGAUGUCGAUAUCGAGGCGAAGGAUCCCAAGGGACGAACCGCCCUCUGGUUAGCCGCUCAUCGAGGAAAUGCUGACGCCGUCACGUAUCUGAUUCGCCACAGCGCCAAUAUUAACGUGGAUCUCAACGUGCGAGAUGAUGAGGGUGUAUCUCCAUUGGAAGUUGCAGAGGGAAAACCCUCGGCAAAAUACAAAGGGACGGUGCUGGCUCUGACCGGGAAAUGCGAGACAAAUGAGACAGCCGAGCGUCCAUCCUAUGUCGACGACGACCCAGCAUCCUUCCUAUUCCCAUUUGAUUGUUGUGUGGCUUGUGAAUUAAUUCACCCAAAGGCUCACGGAAUCUACUUCGGCCAAUUUCCUGGCUUUUCUGACCCGUCCUGUAAUGGCCUCGAUCUCAACGAAGAGGACCUAUCCUACCCGAACGACGACAACCGCUCUUUCUCAGACUUCUCUGUCUCAGAUUACAGUCCCUCAGACGAUGGGAAAAUCCGCUACUAUCACCCACAAUGUUACAAUUGAGAUUGAGAGAAGCUGAAGGUUUCCCGUUCGGGACAAAAGACGAUGCCG